UCUCGGCAAGAAUAAGGUGUUAAGUAUAUGUAUAUGUAUAGUGAUUUGCUGAGUACUUUAUGAUAUUACAACCUAUACCUCUUUCAAAUUGUUUUUUAAACAGAGAAUCUGGUGGUUAUAUGCAUGGAAAUAUGGUAUAAGGAACAGAAAGAACCAAUAUAACUUAUUUGCAGUUUAUAACAAACUUUGGAUUUCAUCAAAAAACUUGUGCUGUGGAAGAAUAACAUUGAAAACUGCAAAUAUGUAAUAAUUUAUCUAACACUUUAAUACUUCUUCCAGCAAUUAUUUUUUUAAAAAACAUGUUUUUGGCCUCUUCAUCAGCCCUCUUCAGUGAUAUUAAUAAUGAUUAUUGGCAAAAAUGUGUUGUUGAUGUAACUGAUAAAAAAUUUUUGGCAUGGCAUACUAUUACUAAAGAAAAUGGUGACAUUUUACAAGGAUCCGUCCAGUUGGGAUCUGAAUAUGAAAUUUUGUCUUAUGAUUAUUGUGAAAUUUCCAGUGAUAUCCCAACAGUGCCAAAAGAGUACAAAUUGUCACAGAUGUUUGGAAUAAAAAAGAAGAGCUUUAAAUUUACAUAUUGGUUCAUUGAUAUCACAGAAGAACAAGAAUGGAUUACAUUAUUGCAGUCAUAUGUAAAGGAAAACUUAUCAAGAUCAUCAUCUCCAGUAUUAGAUGAUUGCACAGAUAAAUUGAUUGAUUCAAGUAAACAGAUGAAAACAGAUUCUCAUAUUAAUGAAAAUGAAUGUAUAGUGUAUAAAAAGUGCCAAUUCCCAAUUAUUGAACAGCCAAAAGCCCAUAUUGGAACAUCUUCAAAUGAUGACCCUUCAUUUAAAGCUCCAGCUCCUGUAGCUAUAGCAAUGGAAGUUGUUACUGAUCAUACUUGCUGUGAAAUGUGUUUUGAUUUGUUUUGCUAUCCUUUUUUACUUAUUCAUUCUUGUACAAAAAUACAUGGUCCCAGUUACCACACAUCCCAUGUGCCAAAUGAUGAUUGCUGUGGCAAUUGUGACUGUUGUUGUUGUUGUGGUAGCUGUGAACCAGGUUGUUGUGACUGUGCUUGUUGUUCUGAUUGUGAUUGUGGUAGUUGUGAUGCAGACUGUUGCUAGGGGGGUCAUCAGAAUCAAAACACAAUUUUAAAAAAUGAUACAUUUAUGAAAAUUUAAAUUUGUUUU